AUGCAAGCCGCUGUCGGUGACAGAGUUCGCUUGCGAAACUAUCGCUACAAGGCAGAAGGGACUGUCCGUUUCCUGGGCGACCUUCCUGGAGAAGGGAGCUUAGCUGGCGUUGAGCUUGACUUACCUAUCGGGAAGAACGAUGGCGAACGCGAUGGAGUGAGAUAUUUUACCUGCCAGCCAGGUCAUGGAAUUUUCAUUCGGCAAGACUGGCUGAUCAAGUUGGGUGAGGAGGAAAGCCAAGGCACCGCUCGCCGGCUCCAGCGGAGCAAGACCGAUGGCUUGAUGGAGACUGAUGCAGCCAUCGCAGAGCUGCAGAGGGCGCUGAGUGAGGUGAGUGCACGCAUCGGGGUUGUCGAGUCCGACCAGAGCAAGUCUCCUGAACACCGAAAGCUUCACGAGCUGGAGAUGCGUGUUGAAAGUCUUGAGGCAAGCAAGAGGAUGGGUCAGAGCCAGGACAGAAUUUUCAAUCAUGCGACAUCGCAGAAUCGCGAGAUGGAAGCUUCAGCAACGGGCGCCGCUGUGCCGACAAACCUCACGGACAACGACACUUUCAAAGAUGCGUUGUCGCAGAAUGAGAUGGAAGCUUCGGCCACGGGCGCUGCUCUUGUCCAUAGUGAAAAUCGCAUCACCCAGCCUGGACAUGUGCAACUUGUGCAGGAUGCUGAUGCUCGAAACGUGGAUAAGGUUGGGGCUCCUACCGGCCGUGAAAGCAAACAUCAGCCAGCAGAGCAAAGCGUGUGUGGAGCAUACGAGGAGGAGAGGAGAAAGCGUCCUAUCGUGCGUGACGACGUGCAAGCUUCGCAGCAGAGGCUGCAAGUCUCCCACGCUGACAUUGGAGACAGCGUGAAGUCUAUUGGCAGAUUGGAAAAGGGCAUUUCGAGCUUGAACAGGCAACAUACCGCGCUUACUGGAGAGAUGUGGUCCAUGAAGGAGACUGUGAGGAAGCUGCAGCUAUCCGACAUCCAAGAUCUGUCCGACAAGUACCAAGCUACACAGCAAAGCCUUUCGAAGCUCCAGCGACAGAUGAAUGAGAGCUUGGCCACUUUCCUCCAGAGGGAGAAUGCAACUGAAAAGCGUUUGCUAGAAGCUGAGGCAUCGCAAAAGCAGGUUCUUGCGGCUGCCACAGAGGCGCAAAAAAUCGUCCUUUCAUUGACUCGUCGGGUUGGAGCAGUGGAGGUGACUCACAUGAAUGCUGAACGUGCUGCAGUAGUGGCAGCAACUGAAACACGACAACUGCGGGAGCGGAUGAUGCUUGGAGACAUGUUGGGCCCAAGCUCGAAAGAGUAUCAGGAGCAGGAGCGACCUGGCCCUGGCAGUCAAGUGAGGAGCAAAUCUAUUGACUCUGCACUGAGUCACCAUGGCACGCACGAUUCGUGCUUGCCAAGUGCCAUGAGGUCGGAAGUUCGCUCCAGGGCCGGAGGGCGUUCCUUCUUGAACUGGCCAUGGAAACCCUAG